AAAUUAUUUUUUUUACCAUCACAGUACAUACGUAUAUUUAUUCUUGCGUAUUGUUUUAAAUGCGAGAUGGUGUAAUAAUGUUCAAGUUUAUUUUGUUGUACUUGUUUUAUUUGAGUUUUACCUGUGCUCUAAAAAAGGAAAUUUACGAUGAACCGGAGUACAAACUUCUCCCUCCAGUUUAUCGAAUGGAAAAUAUCGAUGAGUGCAUCAAAUUAAAUGACAUAUUCUGCGAGAUGGAGAUUGAACUGAAGCCCAUCGACGAAAACUCAAAAAUAUGGAAAUUAAUGAAUAAAACAAUCGAUUCCUUCAAGUUCAUACCAAGAAACAUUCUUAGAAGGGCACUAUGUGUUCCUAGGGAGCUACAAGAACAGGAAAAAGAGAUGUCAAAAUAUGUUUUAAGCAAGAUUGAGUAUGAAGUUAAAGAUUUAAAUCUGACUGCAGGCCUAAAAAAAAUUGGUUGCAAUAGAGAUCCAACGUUUACCACAUUGGAUUAUACUUUGAUCAUAAUGACUGUUCUAUAUAUCGUACUUUUGAUCUGGUCAACUGUGGAUGACUUUUUAGUAAGAAAAAGGGACAAGAAAAUUCUUAACAAGGAAAAAAAGGAAGAUGAAAAGAAAACCCCUAAAACUACAUCCUUAUUCCAUUCAUUUUCUUUCAUAAGUAAUUUGGAAAAAUUUAGAAGAACGCCUACUAAUCCGGACUACCUAAGGCUGAAAUCUAUGCAAGGUUUAAAGUGCUUCAUUACUUUUUUAAUAAUAGUCGGUCAUAGCUUCUACAGUUCCUUCUACAGUUAUCUCUUAAACCCUGAUGCAAUUGAACAGCACAUUGGGAUGUAUCCUUUCCAGAUGUUUGCAAAUAUGGGAAUGUACCAGGUGCAAGGGUUUCUACUUAUGUCUGGAUGGUUGUUAGCCCUUCAAGUCUUGACCAUUAAUGAUCUGUUCAAGGGAUAUCAACUGAGUCAUACUGCUCUUCUCUACUUAAACAGAUACUUAAGAUUGUUUCCAGUGAUUGCUGUAAUGAUAGCAUUCCACACUUCAUCAAUACCUCUGUUCUUUUUGCAAUAUGCCCCACUGGCUUCUAAGUUGGUGGAGAGGACAGAUAACUGCAAAAGAAAUUGGUGGAAGACGAUACUCUUCAUCCACAAUAAUGACUACGCCUACAAAAUGUGUGAAUCAGGAACGUGGUACAUAGGUGUGGACAGUCAAAUGUACUUCAUUUCGAUAUUUGUGAUGUUUAUCAUACUGAAAUACAAGCUAGGUUUAAAAGGACUUUUUAAAGUGAUGUGCCUGUGUUGUAUGGCUUAUGGAUGCCUUAUUUAUUAUUUCAACGUGGGAUUCUUUUGCAGAAUUACUCCCAGUCGGCUACAAUUUGGUCAGGCAGAAUUAAGCUUUGAGUUUUUAUUACUGUACAUAUCAACUUACUCGAGUGCUUCAUCUUUUUUCAUCGGGAUUAUGUUUGGAUGGGUCUACUACGAGAAUAAAAAUGUCGACUACAAUUUGUCCAAGUGGUGGAACAUUCCUUGGUUUUUGUCUGCCUUUGGAUUGCCAUGGUUGGUGUUGCACAUAUCAAUGUAUGAGUUUGGAGGUGCUGUAAGUGCUGUCUUAGGGGCCUUGGUUAAACCCAUAUUCACGUUCGGUUUUGGUAUUCUAAUCCUUGGUAUGGCAAAUAAUCUCGGAGGACCUAUCAAAAAAUUCUUCGAAAACAAAUACUUUGAAUUGCUGGCCAACAUAACUUUCAGCUUGUAUAUAUUCCACUUCGACAUUGUUUUUCCCAGGUCGAUUUUUGCCAAGAAACCCAUAUUUCUAACGAAAAGAUAUAUUUUUAUGAAUGCAGGAAUAGAUUUAAUUACAUCGACCCUUCUUGGUUUUACAAUGUAUAUGAUUUUGGAGUUGCCGUUCAGUAAUCUUAUCAAAAUAUUUAUGAAGAACUUGAUGGAUAAGGAAAAAAAGCAACUAGAGGAGAAGAAAAAAAAACAUCUGUAGUAAAUAUUAUUUUAAUGGCAUAUAAUGUAAAAUGUACAAUAUUUUUUUAAUAAAUAACUUUGUUAUUUCAAAUAAACAUCAGUACCUUGGCGUGUCA